CCCAACCCGAAAGCAAACCAAAACAAAAGCCGAGAGGGAGAGCCACCGAGAACAAAGCCAUCGCCGGAAUUCCAAUCACUCUCACUCUCGCACUCAUCAUCGGAAAGCUCUCGGCGCGCGAUAAACUCACCGCUCCGAAGGGCGAGAUUUGAAGAAUGAGCCUCGCAGCGGAGCACUGAUGCCACUGUUCCUGUCAUCCGCGAUUGACCAGGCUUAUCACCAGCUCGAAGAAAUCGAAGCAGAACUUAAAGCAGCAAUGGCUGGAUCAAAGAAAGUAAUAACUAGGGAGGAGUGGGAGAAGAAGCUUAAUGAUGUGAAGAUCAAGAAAGAGGACAUGAAUAAACUCGUGAUGAAUUUUUUCGUGACCGAGGGCUAUGUGGAUGCUGCUGAGAAGUUCAAGAAGGAAUCUGGGACCGAACCAGAUAUUGAUCUUGCGACAAUCACUGACCGUAUGGCGGUCAAGACGGCAGUACAAUGUGGUAAUGUGGAGGAUGCGAUUGAGAAAGUGAACGACUUGAAUCCGGAGAUUCUGGACACAAAUCCCCAAUUAUUUUUCCAUCUCCAACAGCAAAGGCUGAUUGAACUUAUUAGGAAUGGAAAGGUAGAAGAGGCUCUUGAGUUUGCUCAGGAAGAGCUAGCACCAAGAGGAGAAGAAAAUCAAAGCUUUUUAGAAGAGUUGGAGAGGACUGUUGCACUUCUAGCAUUUGAAGAUGUGUCGAACUGUCCUGUUGGAGAGCUUCUGGACAUAUCACAGCGCCUAAAGACAGCUAGUGAAGUGAAUGCUGCCAUCCUUACUAGCCAGAGUCAUGAAAAAGACCCGAAGCUUCCAAGCUUAUUGAAGAUGCUGAUAUGGGCCCAAAACCAGCUCGAUGAGAAAGCUCACUAUCCUCGGAUAAACGAUCUAUCCACUGCGAGGCUAGAAGACCCUAGUGUCUAAAGGAUGUCGGGGGUCCUUGUGUGGAGGUUUUAGGUUUCCAUGUAGGCUUUCGUGGAAUGAUUAAUGUGUAUGUACCCUUAUUGCCAGAGUCCUUCCUGUUGAAUGUUGUCUAGUUCUGAUCUUCAUUCUCAGUUACCUUUGUACAAAUGAUUUGUCUAUAACAUUCAUUUACUUA